GAGCUGAAACGAGAAGUCACGAGAGUUUGCGAGAAAAAAAGCAUCCGGGUUAUCUAGCUAUCAAACUGCGCAUGUGCAGAUUAGCCUCAAGAAUGAUCGGGUUUUCCCAGCCCGAACCAUUCGCUUUGUCAGAACCAUCUUUAUCUAGGCGGAGAGUCGUUAUAUUAGGUGACUCGAUUGUUCGAGAUUUACAGGAUUAUUUUACACACCUAGAUGUAGAUUACGAACUUGAAGUUUUUUGCUUUCCUGGAGCAACCGUUAGAAGUUUGCGGAACAGUAUUAGAGAACUAUAUCCACAUUACGAAUCUUCAACUAGCGAUGUUAUCAUCCAUGUAGGGACUAACAACUUAGCCCACAGUUGUUGGGAGAUUGAGAAGCCUCAUUUUCUCAAUCUUUUUAAUACCAUUAGAGAAAUAUUCAGAGGAGCACGUAUUUCUUUUUCAUGUAUUUUGCCUCGAUGGGAUUGUCAACACCUACAUGAUUUGUCCGUUAUAUAUAAUAAUGAACUUCACACUUUAUGUAGAAAUUUGAAUUUGUCUACAAUCGAUUUGACUGAAGAUUUUGUUGACAAUGAUGAUCUUUUUACCAAGGACUUUGUUCACUUGAAUAAAGUUGGGAAGGCAGUUUUUGCAUAUUUGUUGGAUACACAUUUAAUCCAUGCCGUCCAUUUGAACAAUACCACCAGCAGCCUUACAAAGAGGACAUUAAAUGUGUAUAUUCCUCCUGAACUUAAAAUUCUGCAUCCUAAGAGAAGGAAAUGUAUGAAAAAACCUGCUCAAGACAAGUCAAAUGUAAGAAAGGUUCGUCAAAUUCCAAAAGGAAAUACACAUAAUAGGAGGAGGAAGGUCAAGAAGCCAAAAAAUGCUGGAGGGGGGUACCAGUACCCAAGGAAGACUGCAGUGAUUCCCCCACCCCCUCAACUUCCUCCAAAUCAGCACAUCCCAGAGAAAAUUUUGGCAUGGAUGCCCUACAUUUCCUCAAAUGCUCCACGGUCCUUUAAGGGAGGCUUGGACAAUCUUCCCGCCCAGAGGAAACCAUAUGUUCGAGAAAAGUUGAAGGGGAAUCUACAUAGGCGAAGGAAACAUCAAGCUGUUCGUCGGCGCAAGAGGAAGAAGGCCAAGGAUUACAAUUACUUGGAAGACACUACAGUACUCCGUCAAUAUUUAGCAGGAGGAGAUCUUCCACAUAGCCCUCUGCAAGUUCCAGUGCUGCCAUCAUGCCCUUCAGGUCCAUCGGACCUGCAUCCCGAUGCACCCACUCCUGAUCAUCCACAAGCUGUGAAGGCUUCACAGUCUGUCCCAACAGCAACUUAUGCGUCAGAUCAUGUGACUUCACGAGGUCGUCUUCCAGAGCCUGUUCCAUCAAUGGGACUUCCUUCAGAGCCGGUGCAAUUGACAGAUCAUCCUCCGGACAUGGCACAUGUACAUGAAGCUACCCCAGAGCCUCUUCUGUCAACAGAACUUCCUUCAGAAAAGGUGCCUUCAUCGGGUCGUCCUCCAGACAUGGUACAUGUGACUACCUCAGACCCUGUGCCUUCAAUAGGAAUUCCUUCAGAGCCGUUGCAAUCGACAGAUCGUCCUCCGGACAUGGCACAUGUAGCUACCUCAGACCCUUUUCCGUCAAUGGGAAUUCCUCCAGAGCUGGUGCAGUCGGCAGGUCGUCCUCCGGACAUGGUUCUCACUAGCAGUGUAUGUAAUGUACAAAUCACAAAUAUUUCCUUGUCGCUGGGGUGAAGACAAAGCAAGGACCACCCUGUCAAAAAUCAUCUUGUGGUCCUUGCUUCCUUUGCACAAAAUCUGCCAUGCGAUAUUUCCAUCUAUGUUCAAUGAAUAACAAACCAUUGGUUUCUUUGAUUAAAACUGCUCACCCCGACAUUCAAGAUAAUGUUUGUAUUUGUAGGCCCUGUAAACUGAAAUAUUCUAAAAAGCUGAAAGAUCCUAUUUAUACUCCUAAAAAAACUCGCAAAAAGGAACGUAGUACUUGCUUUUUAUCACAUUAUGAGUUAUGUUCUGAAAUUUCUGAACGAGAAUGCCAGUGUAGUCUGGCUUCUUUUAACACUGCAUUUUCAUUAGACUGUGCUUCCAUACCCCCUACAGUGUCUUUGUGCUUGAAGCACAGGUCAGAAUUAUCUCAUUCGGAAGUUUCACAAACUUACAGAUAUUGUUCAGCCUGUGAGGUUCAAGUAAAAGAAUUUGAUAAAGCAUAUUCAUGUUCCACGUUAUCUGAUGAAGAAGUGAAUAAGAUAAAAGAUAUCAAUGAUAAGUUCAUGAUAAAAAAUGAUGGUAUUUUAUGUCCAUCUUGUUAUAGAUUUUGCCGUGGUAAACGUAAAAAAACAGCCAUAUCAUUUAAAGGAAUGGAAGGUGAUUUAAAAGAAAGCAGUUUUGAUAGAACUAGCGAUGAAAUUGUGUUAUCAAAAAUACUUAAUGAAGUAUAUUUGUAUGUGUGUAAAGUUUGUCAGGAAGAUUGCUGUUUUUUAUUUGCUUCUGUAUAUGAACAUUUUCUCAAACUUGUUAAGGCUGAAUCAGAGGAUGAAAGACAAGAAGACCAUUUACAUAAAAGUAGUAUAUUUAUAAAAGGGAGGAUUAUUCACCAGUUUGGCGGUCUUUUAAAAUCGCAUACAAGUGCUCGUAAAAAAGGAACUUUCUUUUAUAAAUCAGAUAUGUCUCACGAUGAAAUUAUAAGUGCUUGGCAUUCAUCAAAUUCAAAACUUAGAUCUGUGACACAAAAUGUCAGUAGUGAGGACAGAGAUCCUGUGAAACCCGUAUUUACACAUUCUAGUUCAUCAACAGAGGUCAAUCUACAAUUUCGAAAUGUAAUUCAUGAAUUUAAUAAGUCAUUGCGCCUACAAGCAAAUAGUAUUACAAAAGAAUUUAUACAAAAUCCAUUAUCACUUUCUGAUUUUGACAUGAGCUCAGCCGUAUCUUAUUUUGAUCCACUUGUUUGGAAUACUAUUUGUAUUUUGACAGCAACUCGUGAAGAAAUGAAUUUUUUUAGACAGUCUUCUCUUCAAGUUGAUAAAGAGGUUUUACAGUUUCCUUCUGAUAAAACACAAGGUGGUACUCGAAGAAGGCAAAGAAGGAUAGCUUGCAUAUUUCUUAUGCAAUACAUUUUGAAUGAUGAGAAUGGUUAUCCAUUGCAUAUCAUUAUUGCUAAUUGCGUAAAGAAGCUGUCCCAUUCUUCAAAGUUGCUUAGGAUUUUAAAUCAUAUUGGUUUAGCAUGCUCAGAAAGCACACUAGAUAGAUUUUUAACUGUCAUUCAUGAUCAGCGAUCUGAGGCAGGUCCACUGUCACAGCUUUCACCGUCUGCAGUAACAUUUGUUUCUAUAGAUAAUGUUGAUGUACUAACACCUUAUGCUGCUGUCACCGUUGAUAAGUCAAGGAGUUGGCAUGGGACAUCUGUAAUGGCACAGCAACCUAAACCUCUGACAGAACAUUUGCACCAAAAUGAAAAAAUUAACAGUGAUCCUCCAGUUGCCCAAAUUACUGAAGAUUUUGAUGUUCCUAAUACAAGUAGUGAACCAUUCUUGUCAAAGCCCCCUGCAAAAAUUAAAAAACCUAGUGUUCGUAGACGAUUAGCAAAAUUCGAAUCUCUUGAUCUCCCUGGGCCAAAGUCCUUUAAACCUCCGCUUUUUAAAACUUCAAUCAGAUCUCAACUCUCCUCUGAACAUUUUUCAUUCACUGCAGAAGAUGUCCACAAUGAAAAGGUGCAGUAUGAUAGAAUUAUGUUGUAUGUCAUAGAGAGGCUCUAUUAUGUUAUAAGAAAUGAAUCACCUGUUAUUCCCAGUUAUAAAUGCAAACUAGCACUUGAAGAUAAUCAAAAUGUUGAACAUUCCAAAAUUUCAUACAUGUAUGUCUUAAAUGAAAAAGCAGAUUCACCAGUAACUAUUAAGCAUACCCUUGGACUCCUUUAUGAAACAUUCAAAAUUAAUGAAACUUUAAAUCAUUUAGUAAUUGCUGGGGAUGGAGCCACUAUACGUUUACUUCUUAAUGUCAAGAGAGAAUAUGGGGAGACACUUGAUUGGGUCAUUCCAUAUUUGGGGGAUUGGCACAUCCUGAAGAAUUUUCAAGAAGUUCUAAUGAAAGUAUUUUGGGAUUCUGGUUUAAAGGAUGUGGCAAAAUUAACUCAUAAACAAUCCACACUCAGCAGUCUUGCCAGUUGCUCAAAUUUUAAGCGAACUCACAGAUUUCUUUUACAAGUAUACGAAGCAAUUUUCAUGUUACAGUUUCAUACUUUUCUUAGCUAUAAGAGUGAUAAUGAUGUCUCAUUUGAUAAUGAAAUGUUUAUAGACAAAGUUAAAGAUGUUGUGUCAUGUUUAGAAUUUGAAGAUGGUAGUUUUUCAGGCAUUCCCAAGUUUCUAGAUGCUCAGCAGGAAUUUUACAAAGAUUCAGUUCAACCCAUUAAAGAAGAGUUUUCAACAUUUUGUCAACAAAUGUCAGAGAAAUAUGAAACUUUCCGAUUUUGGAAUCAGUUUUUGUUGAAAGAUUGUCUUUCAUACAUCAAUCUUUGGUUAGCUAUAAGAACAGGGGAUUGGAAUUUAAGAUUAUCAGCACUAAAGUCAAUGGCCCCAUUAUUCCAUGCAUUUGACCGUCAAAAUUAUUCAUAUCUGAUACCUGUUCACUUGAGUCAGUUACAUAGUCUCCCUGACUAUAUUUUGGAUCAUUUUGAAAAGGGGGCAUUUGUCACGAGUUUAACAGGAGCAAACUAUUCUCGAGUAGCUUUAGAUGAAGCUCAUGAGAUGACUAUAAAUAAAGAUGUUAAAACUGCAUUUUCAGAGCACUUGCCAGAACAUGUGGAAAAAAUAGGGGCAACCUUGGAGUGCCAAGCAAAAAUGGUUAACAAUAUUGAAAAACAAGUAGGUGCUAGUAGAAAGACUGUCUUUCAACGUGAUCUAAGCAAAUCUGUCGUUCAUGCGGAAUUUUCAAAUGUUAAGGCAUAUUUCAAUGUUUUGAGAAAGACUUCUAUGUUUUCUCCUGUUCAACCAAGCACUCUUUUUCAUGUAUUUUCCAAUGUUUCUGCUAAUCCUAUUCAGCAGAAGGGUCUCCUGGAAUUUCGGCAAAUGGGUGAAGAAGCAUAUGGUUCCUUGUGUAAAGUUCAGAUUUUAAAUGACACUUCAGUAAAAAAACCAGUUAUCAGGAAAUUCAGAUUGAAAACAUUUUCUAAAGAAAAAGUGAGAGCCAAAAAGGUGAAUGAUUUGGAGAAAGAAAAGCGCUUAAUAACUUUGUGCUAUAAAAGAACGAUUGCAUAUUCUGAGGAGAAAAGGCUACCAAUAUCCGAUCUUUGCCAGUUUGUUGAAACUCCAAGGGCAAUAUGUCUGCCAAAUGGCCUGCCUUACAAAGGGGCAAAGUCUGUCAUUUAUGAUCAAUUUGAAAAACGGUACACUUCCAAAUAUCAAAUAACAAGUAGCAAUACCAGUUUUUCUGAUGCAAAUGUCUGUGCUAUCAUUGAGGGAAUGAACAUUAUAUACUCGUCUCCUUUAAAACAGUUUAAAACUUUUAAAGAUUAUGCUGGCUUUCUCACACAACGAUGGAUAUGCUCUUACUACCGAAAGGGGUAUAGAGAAGUGCGUAUUUUAUUUGACCAAUAUGACACUCAGGGAAUAUCUCCUAAGUGCGUAGAAAGAGGUAGACGGGAUAGUGGGGAUAAUGAAAAUACAGAUGCUUAUGAAUUCAUUAGUGACAAUGUGCCUUUACCAGGUAAUUGGAUGAAUUUCUUAAAAAUAAGAAAAAAUAAACAUAUGCUUUGUAGAUAUCUCUCUCAGUAUUUCAUAAAUAAUGUACAACAGUACUUUCAAAAUGAUUUUCAACUGUUUGUAACUUCUGGAGGAUUUCAUGUUGGAAAAAAUGAAGAUAGCGACUGGACAGGAGCAAUGGUAAACAUAAAUGGAACCAAAACACAUGAACUCGUCCAUAAUCAUGAGGAGACCGACUCUCAAAUAUGGCUACAUGUUGAUGAUACAUCAUGCAAUAAGAUACAUGUCUAUUCCAUUGACCGGGAUAUUGGGAUGAUCGGUCUUCCUCUCAAUUUUGAAGACAAAGAAGUUGUCAUACAGUUCAGAGCAAAGGUUGGUGAUGAGAAAUUCCUCAACUUAAAUGUAUUACAGUCUGCUUGUGAUAAAGAUUCUGAUGUCUCUCAUUUGAUUAAGAAUGAUAUAAAUGUU